CUUGUCAGCACGGCCACGUGCAACCCCAGCUCCCGCACCAGCUGCCCUGCCACCUCAGCUGCUUCGGGCCGAAGCGAGUCAGCGGUGGCAAUGGCUGCCUUGGGGAUGGCUGUCCACAUCGAGCCACGUCACCAUGGCCCCGAGGCUGAGCUUGUGUUUGGCUAGGGCGCAGUGGCUGGUGCACCAUCGUUGGGUUGGGCCAUGGCGCAUAGAGGGGAAGGCGUAGCAACGUGGAGGUGUGGGAAGGCGUAGCGACGUGGAGGUGUGGGAAGGCGUAGCGACGUGGAGGUGUGGGAAGGCGAAGGGAUGGGGGAAAAGGAAUGGAGAUAUGGAGGGAAGGGUAUUGAUGCCCUAAUGAAGGCAAUGGCAGAGCUUGGAUUCUGUCAUCACAGCAUGCUUGUCAGGGAGUACACCAUCAUCUGCUGCUCUGCUUGCUUCUCCCCCACCACAACCAGCGCCCUUGCAGCAACCUGUGCUGGUUGGAAUCGUGCCACAUGCCCCAGCAUCUUUGCCACAUGCCCCAGCAUCUUUGCCACAUGCCCCAGCAACUUUGCCACAUGCCCCAGCAACUUUGCCACAUGCCCCAGCGUCUCUGCCACAUGCCCGAGCGUUUUUGCCACAUGCCCCAGGGUCUUUGCCACAUGACCCAGCGUCUUUGCCACAUGCCCCAGCGUCUUUGCCACAUGACCCAGCGUCUUUGCCACAUGCCCCAGCGUCUUUGCCACAUGACCCAGUGCCUUUGCCACAUGACCCAGCACCGCUAUUGCUGCAUGCACGGCUGCAAGUGGAAGCUGAACCGGUGCUGGCUGCCACAUCAGUGGCAACCACUACCCUCUGCACCUCCUGCACCCCCUGCACCCCUUGGUGGCGGCAGAAGGCGAGGAGGGCCACAGGCGUGGACAGCACGAGGGUGCACGAACAGGCCACCACGAGCAGCAGCAGCGCGAGGCACAGGAAGUAGGAGCGGUCAGCCGGGGGGAUGGGGAGCGGCACGAGGGCGCUGAGCAGCAGGCCGAACAUGACGGAGGGCGAGUACACAAAGGACUCCACAAGGCGCUGCGCUUGCGAGCGGGUGGACUGCGCUGCCUCGAUGAGCGCCACCAUGCACGCCACUGCAGAGUCAGACGCCAGGGACGUGGCUCACACGGUGAAGAAGCCUGCAGGGAGAGAGGGGCGUUGGGAAAGUGAGGGGAGACGCAGGGGACACGGGCAAGGAGGGGAAUGCGUGGAGUGGGCGGACCUGACAGGACAGAGCAUGCAGGCAAAGGCGGAUGUGCAGCGAGGGAUGUGGGUUGCAUGGUGGAGGGCGAGAGAGGUGGGCGAUGAGUGCGAGCCGGACGUGCUAGAGGUGGAUUAGAAACAGGGGUAACGGGCGGACGGCGGAGGAAAGGCGGUAAGGUGGUUUUGAGGGUGCCCGCCCACACGGGCACGCCUGUGUCCUUCAAGGCUGGCACGGACUCCCCUGUCAGGCUGCUCUCAUCCACACUGCUCGCACCGCUCUGCACCACUCCGUCCACCGCCACCAUGGCGCCUGGGCGCACUGCAAGCAGCGCCUCCACGGGCCCUUGCUUGUUCCACAGGGUGCAGUGCUCCACCACCCGCCACCGCUUUCACCACUCUGCGACAACCAACCCCACGGCUCGUAGGCGAAGCAGCAAGUGAGAUCAAAAAAAGGGUGAGGUUGGCCAACUGGCACCACCGGGGGACAGGACAGGAGGGACUUCACCACCCUGCACCACUACGUGCACUGGCAGAAGCAAUGCUAUGACCAUCCGCGCCAGCGCCCAUCCACGCCAGCACCCAUCUAUGCCAGUGACACCAGAAGGAACGAGUGCAGCACGAGGCAAAAAAACCGGACCGGCUGGUACCUCUGCAUUGCUCCCAUGUGCAUGCUGUGAUGGUGCAUGCUGUGAUGGUGCAUACUGUGAUGGUGCAUGCUGUGAUGGUGCAUACUGUGAUGGUGCAUACUGUGAUGGUGCAUGCUGUGAUGGUGCAUACUGUGAUGGUGCAUGCUGUGAUGGUGCAUUGGGAAAGGGGGGGAACAAGGUGCGACGAAGAAAGGAAAUGGGUCUUACACAUGCUAACGAAGAAAGAGCCACUCUCGUUAGCUAGCACUGCUACCACUCCCUCACACUCCUCCGUAAACCACCCUAUUCACCCCAACCACCCUGAAGCUCCGCUCCGCCCUCCUGCCUCCACCUUCCUUUUCCAAUCCCACCCCUGAGAGAGGGGGGUGACUAUUCGAGAGGGAAGACGCAUGCAUGGUUGACUCGCCUUAGCUCGCGUCUUCCAAUCUCACCCUACCCCUUGUUAGAAUACCGUCAGCGCCCGGAUGGAAGACCCAUGGGUCUUAUCAUAUCAACCCUAGGCGUUUUAGCUAUAAAUGGGUUUAAGAACCCGAAUUGGGUGUCUUAUAAACGGAAUAAACGCAUGACUUACAU